AUGGCGCUGUACACACUCUGGAACACGGUGGGCGAUCGCCGUGCCGUCUCGCUGGUCGUCAACAUGAACGGCGUCCAGUACAAGAACUACGACCGCCUCGGCUACCUGCAAGUGCUUCGCACUCUUCAAAACCACUUCCCUGCCCGAAUGAGCAAGAUUCUUGUUGUCAACCAGCCUUUCUGGCUGUCGUUCAUGAUGAAGUUCUAUGCUCCAUUCAUGAAGCGAAAGCUGGCCAAGAAGCUGCGAUUUGUCUCGACAGAAGAGCUGACCACGUUCAUCGAUCCAGCCUUCAUUCUGCCAGAGCUUGGCGGCAAACUGCAGUACGAUAGCGACACGUUUGCCCGUUCUCUCGCCGAGAAGGAACACAAGUCGGCCAACACGUCGCCCACAUCUAGCCCCACGCGAACGACAGGUCCCACUCACCUGCAAGUCACUGACUCUGCUGCAGAACUUGCCGGCGCAGCUGAGGUUGCUGCCGAUGCUGCCGCUGCCAUUGCGGCCCAAAAGGCGCAUGACAACCUCAAGGCGCAGCAUGCCAAGGAAGCUGCCGACCGCAAGGCGGAAGCAGCUGCCAAGGCCCAGGCCGAAGCCGAAUCUGCUGCCAAAGCUCAAGCUGAGGCUGAAGCUGCCGCCAAGGCCCAAGCUGCCGCCAAGGCCCAGGCUGAAGCUGAAGCCGCUGCCAAGGCUCAAGCUGAGGCAGAGGCCGCUGCCAAGGCUCAGGCUGAAGCUGAAGCUGCUGCCAAGGCUCAGGCUGAGGCUGAGGCUGCUGCCAAGGCUCAGGCUGAGGCUGAAGCUGCUGCCAAGGCUCAGGCCGAAGCAGAAGCCGCUGCCAAAGCUCAGGCUGAAGCUGAAGCUGCCGCCAAGGCCCAGGCUGAAGCUGAGGCCGCUGCCAAGGCCCAAGCUGAGGCUGAAGCUGCCGCCAAGGCCCAGGCUGAAGCUGAAGCUGCUGCCAAGGCUCAGGCUGAAGCAGAGGCCGCUGCCAAGGCUCAGGCUGAGGCUGAAGCUGCUGCCAAGGCUCAAGCUGAGGCAGAGGCCGCUGCCAAGGCUCAGACUGAAGCUGAGGCCGCUGCCAAGGCUCAAGCUGAGGCUGAGGCCGCCGCCAAGGCCCAGGCCGAAGCAGAGGCCGCCAAGGCUCAGGCCGAAGCAGAAGCCGCUGCCAAGGCCCAGGCUGAAGCAGAGGCCGCUGCCAAGGCCCAAGCUGAGGCUGAAGCCGCUGCCAAGGCUCAAGCGGAAGCUGAAGCCGCUGCCAAGGCUCAGGCUGAAGCAGAGGCCGCUGCCAAGGCUCAAGCUGAGGCUGAAGCCGCUGCCAAGGCUCAGGCCGAAGCUGAGGCUGCUGCCAAGGCUCAGGCCGAAGCAGAAGCCGCUGCCAAGGCCCAGGCUGAGGCUGAGGCCGCUGCCAAGGCUCAGACUGAAGCUGAGGCCGCUGCCAAGGCUCAGACUGAAGCUGAGGCCGCUGCCAAGGCUCAGGCUGAGGCUGAGGCCGCUGCCAAGGCUCAGGCCGAAGCUGCCGCCAAGACUGAAGCUGAACCGACUCCAGUCGGCUCCGAAACCAAGGCCGUCUCCUUUGACUCGAUGGCCAGCGUCACCACGUUGGCACCCACCAAGCGCAUCGGCCGUGGAACUCUUCCUCGCCGCGCUCGCCCGCCGUCGCGCAUGUUCCUGCAAACUAGCCUGCGUGGCAAGCCUGCGGAGGCCGACGACUAUGCCGACGAUGAUGACGACGAAUCCGAGGCGUCUUCGUCCAAGCCCGAGGAACCUGAGGUGUCUGCCGAAGAAGCCUCGCCCGCUCCCAAGAAGAAGCUCCCAGCAGGCGCCAUCCCCAUGUUCGGCAUGCCGCCAGGCGGCAGCCCUGUCCUCAAGAAGACUGAAGCCGCUUCGGACGAAUCGGAAUCCGCAUCUGCAGACUCUUCCCCGGCUCCUGCUCCCAAGAAGAAGAUUCCUGGAGGCGUCCCAAUGGGCUUUGGGGGAUUUGAUCCCUCUGCCGUCAAGCUCAAAAAGGGCAACAAGUAAACUCGAGGUAGUAUUCGCUCCACGUUGAAUACGCCUUCUGCAAGUUUGCAAACUCUUGUUUCAUUUCGUGUAUGAAUUCAUACGUUUCCUGUGCUUCUUUCUUGAUGCUUCGUUUUGUCGGAAUGCAUGUGUGCAUUGACUUUUGCUGCCUGGUUGUUUUUUCUGUUUUGUUUUGUUUUUGUGGAUUUUUUUUUCAAACAUCUAUCGACCAAAUGUGAUUGUUAUCCCAUCCCAACAUCAAACAUCAAACGAUGUGUAUUCCUCCAAAUUGAAAAUCAAUCAAAAC